AGUCCUGAUAAAAGGAAGUGACUUCAGCCCAAAACCAGACUGGCUGUGUGUUUGUUGGUCAUAGAGGAGGAGAAACUAAUGUGAAUGCAAGUGACCAUGCAGAAUGCAGUUCAGGUGUGGUUUGGAGAUGACCUUCCUUUAAGUCCUCGAAGUCCUCUGACCCCCAGACAUGGCCCAGGUUUGGCAGAUGUGUGCCUGUAUGACCGAUGGAUAUCUGUGCGGCAUGAAGCAACGCUGGUGCCUAUGCAAGAAGAUCUGUCAAUCUGGCUGUCUAGCUUGCUUGGAAUAGAAAUCAAAGCAGAACAACUGCUAGAAGAACUUGAUAAUGGAGUACUACUUUGUCAAUUGGUUGGUGUUCUUCAAAACACAAUUAAAAAAUGUUGUAGCUCAACUAAUUUAAGGAAUUUUCCUCUGAGAAAUGUUCCAUGUAAGAAGGAUGCUCCAUCAGGAUCUUUUUUUGCCAGAGAUAAUACAGCCAACUUUCUUAACUGGUGUAGGGCCAUUGGAGUCGAUGAGACUUAUCUCUUUGAAUCUGAAGGUUUAGUUUUGCACAAGGAUCCAAGACAAGUGUAUCUUUGUCUGUUGGAAAUUGGACGCAUUGUAUCCAGUUAUGGGGUUGAACCACCUGUGCUAGUAAAGCUUGAGAAGGAAAUCGAGCUAGAAGAAACACUGCUCAUGAACUCUGGAUCACCAUCACCUGUUAGCACAGCAAAGUCAUGUUGUCACCAAGGAGAGCUACAUGAGGCAGUUCAACAUAUAGCAGAAGAUCCACCCUGCAGUUGUUCCCAUCGAUUUUCAAUUGAAUACUUAUCGGAGGGACGUUAUAGACUGGGAGAUAAAAUACUCUUCAUAAGAAUGCUACAUGGCAAGCAUGUGAUGGUACGUGUUGGUGGAGGCUGGGACACUCUUCAAGGUUUUCUGCUUAAAUAUGAUCCAUGCCGAGUGCUUCAGUUUGCAACUCUUGAACAAAAAAUCCUGGCGUUUCAGAAAGGGGUCACCAGUGACAGUGUCCCUAACUCGUCAGCUAGAAUUCAGGAGCCUCCUGUUAUGAAUCCAAUGUCAGCUGUCAAUAUGUUUCAAAAACAGCCAUCAAAACCCUCUACUCCUGUUUCAGUUCCAGGGGCCAGUGCUAAGAAGGCUUUAUCUAAACAUCCUCAGUCCCCUGCCCUAGCAUCACCAAAAGUGCCAGUGCCCCCAUCCUGCACAGCCAAGUCACUGACAGUCAGGUCCAAAUUACAGGGAUCUUCAGCGACAGGCGUCCAAUCUCCUUUCAGACCAUUAGCUGGCACCUCAAAGAAACUGGGGUCUUCUGCACGCAACUCACCAGCUUCUGCUCCUUUGCAGCCUGUAAGCAAGAGCUCUUCAUCUGCAGGAACAAGAAGGGCUCUUAUUCACUCUGAAACGUUGCGCAAACGUAUUCGGUCCCCUGAUGCUCCCAAGGUGAAAUUUGCUGUUCCUCAGGGCUCCUCGACAGCAGCACUUCAUCCUGCCCUCUCAUCCUCUAAAAAACAGCCAUCUCGCUUGCCUGGGACAGCUGAAACAACAGCUUCUAAACAGAAGUGUGUCCCUGCUAAAGGCAAACCUGUAUCUGUUCCUAAAACCAAAGCCAAUUCAGUUGCUCCAAAGGCUGCUUGUCCGCCCGCUACAAAUCUGCGUGCCGUUGCCAAGUUUGCACAUUCUCAGCAGCUCCUUGCAAAACCUCCUGAAAAAGGUAUUCAGGCCUCAGGAACUAGGUCUCGGCAUCCUCAGAAGCCUCCACAAACAGCUUCUCACCUGGCAAGGAACCUGAGAAGUGCUUCAGUCCUAAAACACUCAGCUUCUGCACCUUCCCUUGCAGUUAGCAAAGCACUGAAGUCACCACCUAUGCUGGUGUCUAGUAGCAAAAACACACCAUCAGUUGUCGAUGAGCAGCCAAAUGUCAGUCCAUCUCCUCAGGCUGGACCUGCUUCAUUGAAACCUCCUGAACGCACUCCUUUAUCAGUUGUAAGGCUUCCUCAAACUUCAGCCAAAGCAGCAGUGACCAAAAAGCCAGUGCAGCCUUCUACAAAAAGUCAGCCUUCAACCAAAAACUUGCAAACGAAUGAAAUCUUGGCCCCAGCAGACAAGAAGCCUCCUCCUAAGGGAAAACUGGCAACAGGGUGUAACAAAGGAACACCUGGUAUAUCAAAAGGUCCUCUUACAAAAAGCAGGCAAGAUGAUCACUACUUUGUUAUGACAGGGAGUAAAAAGCCCAGAAAGUAAGCUUGUUACUCUCCGUGUAAGUCCUAGUUUUGUUGAAAUGAGCCUCUUGUAUGUGCUACACUGAGGAUAGACAAGGAAAAAAAGUUAAAUAACACUACAUUUUACCAUGAAAUGUUAGGUAUAACCUACAUCUUCUGCAUAACUUACAACAAGAACUGUAUUUAUCUCUGGUUAUAUUUAGAAGUGAGCUUGCUUGCUGUGUAGCACUGUGGAAUAGAGAUUUGCUGCUAACCUGACCUGCUGUGGGGAAGGUGAGAGAGAGGAAAAGGGGCUGCUGCUUUUGCUGCCACUGGUUUUUCAAGGGACUGAAGCCUGCCCAAGAAAUGUCUUCUCUGGGCAGAGCUUAAGCAAUUCUGAUG